AUGUCAAUGGGAUCAUCACAACCAUCAGAGGAAGAGGCAGGAACAUUACAAUUUACAUGCCCCUAUCCUUCAUGUAAAAGGAUUCUGAAAGUAAGAAAUAUUGAUGAAGACUGUUUUCCCUCUCAUGCAGGUUCUGAG